AUGACCGUGAACUUCCUGUACCCCAUCUCGGCCCCCAGCCCUGCCGCUGCCGCUGUCUAUUCCAUUCACUGCUAUUCUCACGGGUCACACGAGACAGAUGAGGAGUUUGAUGCUUGCUGGCUGACAUACUUCAACAAGCCAGACAUUGAUGCCUGGGAAUUGCGUAAAGGGAUGAAUACACUUGUUGGCUAUGAUUUGGUUCCUGAGCCCAAAAUCAUUGAUGCUCAUUUGGGGGCAUGUAGAUGGUUAAAUGAUUUUGCUAGUGCUGUUCGCAUCUUGGAGGUUAAGGACAAAGCAGGACCUCAUAAGGAAAUCUACCCCUAUGUCAUCCAGGAACUUAGACCAACUUUAAAUGAAUUGGGAAUCUCCACUCCAGAGGAGCUUCCCAAAGACUCACUGCUAUUGCUACUUGAUUAA